GGGCCAUAUCGCUUUACACCCCGGUACAUCUUUUAGUACAGAGCUAGCUCAUGAGAUCGAGAGCUAGCUAGCUAGAGACACAAGAAUUUGCCAUGUGUGCUGGGAUACAUCACCCAACCAGGGGAGGGACUAGAGGAGGGAAAGAUCAAUUUGACUGGGAGGAUGUCAAAACUGACAAAGACAGAGAGUGUUAUCUUGGUCAUUCCAUGAUGGCUCCAGUUGGUCGGUGGCAGAAAGGAAAAGAUCUUACUUGGUACACUAAAAAAUCGAAGACAAAGGACUUCAAUGCAAUUCUAGAAGCUGAGAGAGCAGCUGUGAAGAGGGCUGAAGAAGAAGCAAUGACGACUGCACUGGGAUUUAAACCAGCAGUGAAACCCCAGCAACCACUCUCGAAGCAAGAGGUAGCUGUAGUUUUCAGGAGGCAGUCACAAGAUGACCCAGAGGGAGGAGAGGAGAGAAUAAAAGGAGUGGGAUAUAGUGGAAGGACACAGCUAAGAAAAAGAUUUGACAGCUCAUCGAAUGAUCUAAGAGCUAUAUUUGAGCAUGACACAGCUAGUGAUGUGAAGGUGUCUCUUCCCAUCGAACUGUGCAACCCCAAAAAGCCGAACCCUGGUACAGUAACCACCACAUCCACCAGUGAUCGUCACAGGCUGAGGGCAAAACUAAAAUCAUACCUAGACAAGAAAUCAAGUGUUAAGAGGAAAAAGGAACGAAACUCAUCCAAAAGCAAGAACAGGUAUCGACAAACAAGUAGUACAUCAAGCUCAGAUUCGGUUCAGUGGAUAGAAGCAACUGAAAGUACUAUUAAAACGAAGGAGAGGAAGGGAAAAAAGACACAGUACAGAGAGCAUUUUAGUGGUUGUCAAUCAGAGGACAAACAAAGGCAAAACAGCAGGAGACAAUCUCGAAGUAUUGGUUCCACUCGUGGUAAUUUCUCAAGCUCUGAAGAACACCACAAGAGUAUAAAAAGAGAGCACAUCGUAUAUGAUUCACCCUCAGACAGGAAGAGGAGUAGAUACAUGCAUUAAAAUUCAUCGAUACUAUUCUUUGUAAUAGCACAAAAACGCUAGCUAUAGCUAGCUGUUUGUAGUCAAGCUGCAAAGCUGUAAUUCGUUUUUUCAUUAUACAAAGCAAA